GCAAAGCAUAGUCUGCGGGGACUUGUUUCACUUGCAGGAUGUGGAAGAAGAAGAAGGCCAAGAGAACUAGAGUUACUGGCUUUGAUUCUGACAAUUCUUCAGGAGACUUUUCAGAAGCAAACCAUAAAGUUGCAGAAAUGCUUGAUCUAGAUCCACACCAAAGCGAUAGGACUGGGAAGCAUAACGGAGAGACAGAGAUCCAAGAAAAUGGAAUUAAGAGACACAGGACGUCGUUACCUGCCCCAAUGUUUUCUAGGAACGAUUUUAGUGUGUGGAGCAUACUAAAAAAAUGCAUUGGACUGGAGUUAUCUAAAAUUACAAUGCCCAUUGUUUUCAACGAGCCAUUGAGUUUCCUUCAACGGAUAACAGAAUAUAUGGAACAUAUAUACCUCAUAAAUAAGGCUUGUAGUCAUGCAGACCCCCUGGAAAGAAUGCAGGCUGUAGCUGCCUUUGCAGUUUCUGCUGUAGCUUCUCAGUGGGAGAGAACUGGCAAACCAUUUAACCCGCUGUUAGGAGAAACCUAUGAAUUAACCAGGGAGGAUUUAGGGUUUAGGUUUAUAUCGGAACAAGUCAGCCACCACCCGCCUAUUAGUGCAUUUUAUUCUGAAGGCCUCAAUAAGGAUUUCAUUUUUCAUGGAUCAAUCUAUCCCAAACUAAAAUUCUGGGGAAAGAGUAUAGAAGCAGAGCCCCGGGGAACAAUUACUUUGGAGCUUCUGAAACAUAAUGAAGCUUACACAUGGACGAACCCAACCUGUUGUGUACAUAAUGUAAUUAUCGGUAAACUGUGGUUAGAACAAUACGGAACAGUAGAGAUUGUAAAUCACAGCACUGGAGAUAAAUGUGUCCUUAAUUUUAAACCAUGUGGACUGUUUGGGAAAGAGCUUCACAGAGUAGAGGGACACAUUCAGGACAAGAACAGAAAGAAGCUGUGUGUGAUCUAUGGCAAGUGGACAGAAUGCUUGUGGUGCACUGACCCCACUACAUAUGAGACAUACAAAAAGAAUGAGAAGAGAGGUGGUGAGCAGAAGAAACCGAAGCAGAGUGAAGAUGUUAUUAAAUCUGAAAAUGAUGAGGCUGAUGAUAUGCCAGAGGUUCAAGACACGGUGCAGUUCAUACCAGGCAGUAAAUUACUUUGGAGAAUAAAUUGUAGGCCACCCAACUCCUCCCAGAUGUACAAUUUCACCAGUUUUGCCGUGAGCCUCAAUGAGCUGGAGAAGGGCAUGGAAGCGAUAUUGGCUCCCACUGACUGCCGGCUACGUCCAGAUAUCAGAAACAUGGAAAAUGGGAACAUGGAUGUGGCUAGCAAAGAAAAAGAGAGGCUAGAGGAGAAGCAGAGAGCUGCUCGCAAGGAGCGUGCGAAGGAUGAGGUGGAGUGGCACACACGAUGGUUUCAUCAAGGCACUAACCCCUACACUGGGACUUCAGAUUGGCUCUACUCAGGUGGCUAUUUUGAUAGGAAUUUCUCAGACUGCCCAGACAUAUACUGAAGUUACAGAACCCAUCGCUCAUCUCAUCUGGACAUCCAGCUCCUAGAGUUCGUUCCAAGCCAGUCACUGGUUUUGUUGAUAGUGAAAACCAGCUUUUCUAAGUCAAUUUUAACACCAAGUCUAUGGGUCAACAAUCAAGGAUUUCAUUAGCACUAAUGUUGGAUUGCCAAAUAUCGAGAUACUGUCGCCUUCUGUCCAUAAAGCUGCACCUGAAAUCAUCAUAUUUUCACUAAUUUUCAAAGGCACCUUUUGGUUCUUCAUUUCCCUCCUUAGUUUCUUUGUCAGGAAGAUUCGCUGUACCCGGUAGAGCACAUAACAUCCUUGAGAACUACAUAACCUAAAUAAAAUAGAGAUAUAUAUCCUUGUUACUUAGUACAAUAGUGAAGAAUCUGAAGGUUUUUGGAACUUGGAGCCGGGAUGAAAGUUAACAUUGUACCAGCAGGAUCAAAUCUAGUGCUGUGGAUGCUCCCCGUGGAGAGAUGCAUGUGAGCUCAGUCCGGUAUGUAGCACUACGGGGGGACCAGUGCCUGGCCCCUCGGUAUGAUUCAAUAAUGGAUUGACUCUGGGAAACAAAACCCAGCCUGAGCUUCCCAACAUGUAGUUGUCUGUUACAGAGUCUUCACAACCUCGGGACACUGUGAGCAUUAAACUGUAUACCUGUGAUAAACCUACAUAAAGCAUACGUUAAAGAGCAGGGAAGGGUGCAUUAAGAACUGUGCUUUUUCUGAAGUCAAACGCUGUUCUAAAGCUACCAGAAGCUUCGGAAGCAAUUGCAGGAAUGUCGAGGUGGUUACAAUGUAAAAUAUAUUGCUUGCUACCACUGGGAGGCUUAAAUCUUCUGCACUACCUUUGGCAGCUUUGGCGCUAUGUAUGCUUCUAGGCUAAACUCUUUGGAAGCACUUUGGUGUCUGUAGCCACACAGGUUCAUAUUCUGGGGACGUUUUGGUCUGCAUGUCGUUCAUUAUUAGGUCAUGUCUGGUUUGUAUGUUGUGAAAAAGCAGAAAUCAACUUCCAGCUUUGACAGAGUUCUACCUAUUACAAGUUUUCUGUGCGCACGUGAUGUCAAGAAGUCAGAUUUCUUUUGUUCCAUGUCAAACCGUCAAAGCCAUACAACCCUAGCAAGGAUGACUGGAUCGAUGCAUUCAUUGUCCUGCAAGUGAGAACACACUGGGAGGGGUGAGGGGGGACAGAAGCUGGAAGAAAUAAGUCCAGUCAUUAAAGCUAAUCCUAAUGUUGCUGCUGCUUUUAUCCAAGUUUUUAACAGUACCCAGGUAAAAUGGAGAGUGGCUGCAGAGAGCCGUGAGGUCUCAGUGAUUCAGCAAUCACUGGUGUUAAGCACCAGCAGCUGGAGGAGCUCAUGGUGUGAUUGAUGUCCAGGACACAUGUGGCUUCAGCCAGAGAGAUGAUGAAAGGGCUUCUCUUCCAGCCUCAGGAUUAAGAAGCAGACGGGAGUGACUUGUGGAGAGAUGCGUUUGUGGCCAGCCAGGCACAUCAUGGUUGGAAUAACGCUAAAUGUGGGGGAGAUCUGGGUCUUGUCCUCACUGCAGCAACAGGAGAAACUGUAACAAUUGAGGGCAGUCUGGAACCUGGUCCUAGCAGCAUUGGUCUAUUGCCAUGCAUCAGCCUGUGUGGCUGCAGGUGCCGGGGCUCGCAGCUGGUGUAUGGGGUUCAGGGGGCUGUCUCUGUUCCUCGUGAGCACAGAACCCCUUGGCUCUUACACAGACGUUGCUGAGCCCUGCAGGACAGCACAAAAACAUGGUUUUAUCUGAAAAGAUGAACUUCAGUGGCCAGGCAUGGGGCUCCCUUCCCAACCCGCUGCAAGUGGCACCGGGAGCCCUUUGUGAGGCAGAGACUGAAAGGAUUCCUGUUUAACACCUCCUGGCAGGUUAAAGCUUACCUGAAUGUUCAGUGGUGGAGUGGUGUUUGCAUAGGACCUGCCUGAAUGGAGGAAGAGUCACUGUUAAAGCAGUACUCUGCAAGAAGUGCAAGGUUGGCAUCUCUCAUGGUGUAAGCUCAAAGCCCUGAAGCCUUGUCAUUAGAUGAAAGCACAAACCAAUGGUUUCAUCCAAACCAUACAGGAUCCUUUUAGGAUUUAAAAUGAAACUGGGAAGGUUUCGAUGGUAGGAGCACUCCAUUGGUGGUGUCCUUACCCUCUCCUCCCCUUCUGAGGGUUUCAGGUCAGUUUCAGCCUCGCUCCAAACCCAUUCUUCUGAUUUAUUGUUCAUUGCCAACACUUCAGAUUCUUUCCCCUCCCGGCCUCGAGGUCUGGGCUUGGUUUCCCCUGGGCCUCCCGAUGCUCUCACCACCACCUUUUCUUUCCCAUGCAGGUCUCGCCUCAGUAGUUUCCGUGUCAGGACAUGAAGAGCUUUGCACCUUUUGAAAGAAUGUCACUUUUAUAACUUGAUUAAACACUGUCUCUACGA